AUGGAAGUCGACGCAUGUACAGGUACAGAACAUUCACGCCGUUCCGCCGACCUUCCCAUCGCAGGACCAUCGGACCUUGAAUCCCCACCGCCACCGCUAUACACCUCCCAGCCUCAGGACCCCGUCGUGGAACUCAAAAUCCUACGGGAAUCACUGCGGAAGGCCGCGGCCGACCUCCCUCUACCGCUCCUCACAUACCCGCCCUCCAACCCGGACUCAUCUUCAACAAACCGCGAAAUCAACCUCCAACAAGAAAUAAUAACCUCCUUCUUCCUCGCCCUAUCCAACAAAAACAUACCCCUCACAUCCGCGUUCCUCUCCUCCGGUCUCGUAUCCGCAGAAUCCACCGAUAAUCAUGGCUGCACGCCUCUCCUCGCAGCCAUUUCCACCGAGAACGUGGCCGUGGUAAAACUACUCCUCGACGCCGGCGCCAAUGUAAACAGAUUUAGUCCAAAGAAAAAGAAACUGCUGCACGAAAAAUAUCCACCCCUCCGCACGCCUCUCAUGCAUGCCUGCACUCUAGGGUCUCUGCCUGUAGCUCGUAUUCUUCUAUCAGAGUACGCAGCCGACGACGCGCUCGUGGCGCCGGAUGGGGAGACGGCGCUGCAUCUCGCUGCCAAGCGUCGGCAUAGGGAGAUUGUUGCGUUUCUGCCUAUGCGGAGGGCAGGGGGUUGGAAGAGGUGGAAGUGUAGAGUUGACAGGACGGUGGGGAGGAGGGUGAGGAAGUUGGGCAGGUGGAUUGUUGCGCUGGGGAGGGUGUUGUUAUGGGAGAUUCCCAAGUUGCUGCUGUGGGAUUGUCCUAAACAUGUUAUCCUGCCGGGUUUGAAAAAAAUAUGGAGCAAGAGGAAAGAUCUUCCGAGGUUGACGAUGAAGCUGUUGAAAGGGGUGUGGAAGGGUCUAAAGGAGGUGCCCGAAGCGCUAUGGGAAGCCAUGAAGCUGGUGCCAAAUGCGGUGAAGUGGCUUACGAAGCUCAUCUGGAACGCGAUCAAGAGCCUACCUGGCGCUGUCAAGAUUGCGUUGGUGUGGGCAUGGAGUGGAGUCAAAGCCGCCGGAAUCUCAACUUUGGAAAUCCUCAAGCGGUUGGGCUCAUUCCUCCAUACGGUACUUUCGGCCGUUGCAUCGUUCUUCCGUGGAAUUACUCUACAGGACAUCUGGAACGGCUUCGUCGAUGUUCUUGAGGCUGUCUUCAUCAAACUCCCCGCAAAGCUUUGGGAUUGGAUCGCCACGUUCGGCAAAACGACAUACGAAAUCAUCGGAAAGUUAUUCGGCUGCACAGGGAAGGCAAUAUGGUACCUUCUGCUGUGGAUCUUCUACCUGCUCACAUAUGUCCCUCUCAAGCUUGUCAAGAUACUGGUUGACUGCGGGAAAAGCGUUGGGAACGGCUUCCAGGAGAUUCUCCUCUGGAUCAAUCCCAAACGGACAACGUGGGUCUGA